AAUGACGUCAAAGGCGCCGGAGCCAAGGCUCCCUCGGCGCGGUGGCUGCUGGGUGCUGCGCGCCUUUCCCCUCUCGCUCCCCUCCCAGCCCGCGUCUCCUCCCCCUCGGCUCGUCCGCUCCCUGGCGUGACUCGGCACUCAGAGCUCCGGCAGGACACGUCGUGGUCGCCGCUCCCGCCCAGGCCCCGGCCUCCCGCAGCCUCCCUCGGGCCUCUCUCGGGCUUUCCUCUUAAGUUUUGAAGCCGGAAGCGUCGCGGCCGCCCUGCCGGGUUCUCUGCGAGGAUGGUGGGAGUGAAGCCGGUCGGGAGCGAUCCAGAUUUCCAGCCGGAGCUGAGUGGGGCGGGCUCCAGACUGGCUGUGGUCAAGUUCACCAUGAGAGGGUGUGGACCGUGUUUGAGGAUUGCUCCAGCAUUCAGUUCUAUGAGUAAUAAAUAUCCACAGGCAGUUUUCUUGGAAGUAGAUGUACAUCAGUGCCAGGGAACAGCUGCCACCAACAAUAUAUCAGCAACACCUACAUUUUUGUUUUUUCGAAACAAAGUGAGAAUUGAUCAGUAUCAAGGAGCAGAUGCUGUGGGACUAGAAGAGAAAAUCAAGCAGCAUCUAGAAAAUGAUCCUGGAAGCAAUGAGGACACAGACAUUCCGAAGGGCUACAUGGAUUUAAUGCCUUUUAUUAACAAAGCUGGUUGUGAAUGUCUUAAUGAAAGUGAUGAACAUGGCUUUGACAACUGUUUACGAAAAGACAUGUCCUUCUUGGAAUCUGACUGUGAUGAGCAGCUACUUAUUACCGUGGCAUUCAAUCAACCUGUUAAGCUUUAUUCCAUGAAAUUUCAAGGUCCAGAUAAUGGUCAGGGUCCUAAAUAUGUAAAAAUUUUUAUCAACCUACCCCGGUCUAUGGAUUUUGAGGAGGCAGAAAGGAGUGAGCCAACUCAAGCUCUGGAGCUGACAGAAGAUGACAUUAAAGAAGACGGCAUUGUUCCUCUUCGUUAUGUUAAAUUUCAGAAUGUUAACAGUGUAACUUUAUUUGUUCAGUCUAAUCAAGGUGAAGAAGAGACAACGAGAAUUUCAUAUUUUACUUUCAUUGGUACUCCAGUCCAGGCAACAAAUAUGAAUGACUUCAAACGAGUAGUUGGCAAAAAAGGAGAAAGCCAUUAGGUUACAAAAGACACUGGAAGACUUACUGCAGUCAGAUUUGCAGCUCCUGGAUAAUUGCUUGAUUCUCUUCGGAAACUGUUCAUCUUCAUUUGUUGCCAUUAGCAGUAAAUCAUUGCUUUUAUUCAGAUGGCAUCACUAGUGUUUCUGUUGUAAUCUUGAUACAUGCAGUUGUAAAUAAAAGUCACUACUUUUGCCAAGCUUA